AUGAGCUCCAUAACGUUCUCUUCAGCCGAGUGCAGCACAUGGUAUGCGGUGUCCUUUACUACAGCUGUUGCUGUAGUUGCAGUGAACCUCCUAUCAAUUACUCUUUUUGUAAAGAACAGUAAUCUUCGCACUAGUGCCAUGCACUUGGUUAUAAACUUGACUGUGGUUGAUAUGUUUGUUGGAGGAAUUGCCACUUUCUUUGUAGUAUUUCAUUUCCUCCUCUACGGUUGCGAAGCUGGAAAUAUAUCAUGGCCCUGGAAGGAAUUGCCACCUAUUAUGGUUGUGCUUUCCACGACCGAGGCGUGGCUCCCUCUCACCUCUUUAGCAGGUAUUGCAGUAAUUUCUUUAGAGCGGAUGCAUGCGACGUUUCGUCCAUUCAGGCAUCGCAACAUCAAAAAAUGGGCCUACGGGGUAACAAUUGCGGGCGUCUGGAUUUCAACUGCGAUGAUAAUAAUUCCCCAUCCGUUAAUAAGUCUCUAUGAGAACUUGCAUCAACAGUGGCAAUUG